AUGGCCUCGGAGGCAUUGCCGAAAUCUGCUGUUCAACUCGAGUUGACUGAAGUUGAAACCAAGCUUCGUCAACUCUUGUUGGAUGUGGCUGCAUAUAUUGACGAGCAGCCUGCGUCCAAGGCAACUGCAGUGGAGGCACCAGCAGACCUUGCGAACGAGAAGGUCAUACUAAGAUGGACAGGAGGCUGGGUGCGCGACAAGCUAUUGGGAGUAGGAAGCCACGACAUCGAUGUUGCCAUCAAUAAAAUGACCGGCGAACACUUUGGAUUGAAGCUGCAAGAGUACCUGGAGAUUCCUGGCAACGCCGAGAAGCAUGGCUUGCUCGAGAAGAGCGAAAAGUCCGACAAGCUCAGCAGUAAGGAUAAGGCAAAGAAGAUCGCGCCUGGCCUUCACAAGAUUGAGGCGAACCCUGAAAAGUCCAAGAACCUGGAGACGGCGACAACGAAUAUCAUGGGCAUCGACUUGGACCUUGUCAAUCUUAGGAAGGAGAUUUACAACGAGAUUUCGCGCAAUCCGCAGAUGGAGUUUGGCACAGCUGAAGAAGAUGCCGUGCGCCGAGAUGCUACCGUUAAUGCCAUGUUCUUCAACUUGCACACUUGUCAGGUCGAAGACUAUACCGGACAGGGAUUCGAUGAUAUGGCUGCGAAGAUUAUCAGGACGCCACUCGAACCUGUUCAGACCUUCAAAGAUGACCCGCUUCGAGUACUGCGGCUGAUCCGCUUUGCAUCUCGAUUGGAUUACACAAUUGAGCCGGAGACUGAGAAGGCCAUGGCCAAUCCACAGAUUCAGGACGUUCUCAAGAUUAAGAUCAGCCGAGAACGUGUGGGCAUCGAGUUGGAGAAGAUGUUAAAGGGUCCUCGCCCACGCAUGGCACUCGAGCUUAUCAAUCGGUUCGCUCUGUACAAGACUGUGUUCACAGAUCCCACAAGAGAGCUUCCUGCUGAGCCUGACACAAAUUUGUUCCAGCCAGCUUUUGAGUUUGUUGACUCUGUUGUUCGUGGAAGCUCCAAGGAUUCCGCCAUUAUCGACAACCUUGUUCGCAAUGCAGACGAGCAGUACCUCGCCUGGAUAUGCGCGACUGUGAUGCCAUGGGCGGAUGCGCCUACUGUCCCUCAUCAAAAGCCUCUUCAAAGACCCUACUUCUCUGCGUAUCUUGUCGCUCGUGAGGGCUUCAAAGCGCCCAACAAGGUCUGCGAUGUCAUCGCUGCCUCACUCAGCAACGGCGACGAGAUCCGAAACCUGAUCGCACAGUGUGCAAGAAGCCUUCAGCGACCAGACAAGAUCGACCCUACGACCGAUGCCACUGCCCGAGAUACAUUAGGGAUGGCCAUUCGCCGGUGGGGAUCGACAUGGAGAACACAAGUUCUGUUCAACCUGACAUAUGAGGUUGUGAUUGGUAACCAAUCGCAAGACCAACUGGUCCGCUCUUACUCCUCGUUCCUGUCCCACCUUGCCAUGCAUCGGAUUCUAGACGCAGAUACCUUCAAGCCCCUUCUGAAGGGCACCGAUCUUGCCAAAGCUCUGUCCAUCAAGCCAGGCCCAUGGAUGAAGGACGCUCUUGACGUGGUCAUGGCUUGGCAGCUUCGCAACCCAACCAUUACGGAUCCAACUGAAGCUAUCGAGGCUGUCAGGAAGGCUAAAGAGAGUGACAGUGAGCUUCCCCAACGUCUCGCCGCGCACUUCCUGAAGCUUACCAUUCCACCUUUCUUUCCACAGACUAAAUCGACGACCGCGUUCGAAGUAUCGCAGAAAUCUGCUCCGUGGAAGGACCCUCAUAAUGAGUUUGUCAUGGGCCUGCUGGAUUGGUCAAUCAAGGCGCUCGAUAGGGGAGCAAUAGAACAAAACUGGCACCUCAUAGUUCCGCCCAUUUUGAAGAUGCUCGAUGAUACAGAGGUCGAAUCAAAAGCGAGAGGGUGCAAGUACCUUGCCCAGGUACUUCUGGCGCUACAAUCUGGACCCAGCCGAGACACGGCCGCAAAGUUCCUUGCACGUACAGGUUACCACGAGGUCUUUGCUUCUACCCUUUGGCCGUUACUCACAUAUUUCCCCUCCCUCACCCCCGAGUCUGAGUCUAUUACUAUCUUCCAAUCUAUCUACGAGCCAUUGCGCGCUCUUGCAACUCUAACCACUUCCGAAGACAAACGAGCAAAGUUCGUCGACAAGCUUAUGCGCGAGGGUAUCCUUGCACCUCUCACGCACUUCCCUACACCUUCUACUUACCCCCACCUCGCAUGCGAAAUGAUCCGGCAGAUUGAGAAAGUCGCAGCGCUCGCGGGCAUUGAAACUGUCAAGCAUUUACGUACACUUGUUCCUCUGUUGACGGGUAUCAUGCAAGACCCAUUCAUCUUGGCUCACAAGCAGCUCGCGCUCGCAGCAGUAGAGGGGCUACAGUGUUUGGCGCAGGUCUGCUGGCCGAGGCUGCCUGCGCACAGGGGAGCGUUCACUCUAGGACUCUGUGUUCUCAAAAUGAGAUGUGACGAAGAGUUCAGCGGGGAAAACAAUGGAGAGGAGGGGAGCCAGAAAAGACAAGAUUGGGAUUUGUUGAGGAAAUUACGUGAGGAGGUCAAGGACACGGCGGAACUACUAGACAUGGUUUUGAGCCAGAGUGAGGUCGGCGAAGAUUGGAAGAAGGAGAAGGUAGCCCUGGUUGAUGCCAAUGAUGAUCUGAGAGGGUUCUUCGAGGGGAAAGCGGCAGGCUCUGAGGAGGAGUGA